GUUGAAAAAGUAGCCGAUUUGGGUGCAGAACAUAAUGAGCUGCUUCGAACGAUGCAGAAAUUGGUCAUUUCGUCGAUGAAAAACAAAUCAGAUAUGGACGUCAAGGCAAAGCUAAAUGAACGAUUGAAAGAGCUGAAGGUUUUCCUGCUGGGAUCCGCAGCAAUCGAACUUCAAUCAUCAAAGGAGGAUGAUAUGCAGACGUCGAAAGAUGAUGGCGAACUCAUCGAAUUAAAGUCAUAA